AUGUUUGCCAUGCAACGAGAACAAGAUUUGAAUAUUUCACGUGAACAACGUCAAUUAGACAAAGAUAUUGCCGAAGCAAGGCGCGUUCAAGAUGAUUUAAUAGCUGAAAAGCAACGAAAUAUGUCAGAACAACAACGAGCUCAUGAACUGAGCAUUGCUCAAGAACAGUUGCGUGAUUCUUUACUUGUCACUUAUAUGAACGAUAUUGGAUUACUACUUAAAGAGAACAAUGGAUCAUUGACAUCCGAUCCAGUGACAGCAAUUAUUGCUCGAGCAAAAACACUCAAUUCUAUUCACCAACUUGAUGCCACUCGCAAUGCUUUUUUAAUUCGAUUUCUUUACGAAGCCAAACAAUUGACCAGUGGUGCAAAUCCUCUUGAUCUUUCAGAUGCCGAACUUAGCGGUAUCGAUCUAAGUAGCGAAAAUAUAUUUCAUAGAAAACUACACAAUUUAUCACUGGCUGGUGCCGUUUUGCACAAUGCCUCAUUUUCCAAACUUGAUUUAUCUUAUGCUAAUUUUAGUGGUUCAGAUCUUACUAAUGCGCGAUUCGUUGAGUCCAAAAUGGGUAAUGCCGAUUUUUCGAAAUCUACUAUUGCUGAUUUAACAUUAGCUACAUUAUCUCGUGCAAUAUUGAUUGAUGCAAAUUUUGACAAAGUUAAUGUUACUCGUGGUGGUGGUAAUGUUACAUCGAUUAGGAUCAAUGAUCAUAAUGGUCGUCAAAUUGGUGCGGUGAAUUUCAAACGAGAAUCUGAUUUUGUUACAAUGCGAACACGAACAGACUCAUUUCAAAUUGAAUUAAUAGUUGAAUUCUCCAGUUAUGGAUGGUGUGACGACCUGGUCUUGACAUUAGAAACAAUACCUCGAAAUUUAUUAAUAUUUAAUCGGUUAUAA